AUGCUGCGGAGUUCUCGCACUAACCUCCUCACGGGCAGCAGGUUGGCUCCUGGGAGGAGUGGCAGCUCAGGGAGGUCCCCAGCCCUGUCUCCAUCCCUGUUCCCGCAGAGCUGCCUCAGCAGGCAGCAGCUCCUGGCUGCCAUCCGGCAGAUGCAGCAGCUGCUGAAGGGGCAGGAGACACGGUUCUCGGAGGGGCUGCGCACCGUGAGGAGCCGCCUCAGCACCAUCCACGCCUCCCUGGCCAAGGCCGCCCCGCAGCCGCCCACCCCCUCCUGUCCUGCCCUCCAAGCCCCUGCGGAUGGGAGGAAGUUUGGCACCAAAUAUUUGGUGGAUCACGAGGUUCACUUUGCCUGUGAUCCAGGAUUCCAGCUGCUGGGCUCCAGCACACGGAUGUGCCAGGCCAACGGCAGCUGGACAGGGCAGGAGCCCCGCUGUGCAGAGAUCAGUGAGUGCUCGAGCAGCCCCUGCCAGAAUGGUGGAACGUGUCUGGAGGGGCUCGACCACUUCAAAUGCCUCUGCCCCCCACAGUGGACCGGGAGCACCUGCCAGUACCAGGCUCAGACCGCUCCUCCUGCCUGGAGCGUGACGGAUGACCCGGCCUUCAGCCGGCAGCCCCGCUGUGCCCAGAUCGCCCAGACCCAGCAGUGCAGCUGCGACCCCGGCUUCCACAUGAACGGCACGGCUCCCGACGGGAUCUGCCAGGACCUCAACGAGUGCGAGGUGUACCAGCAGGAAGGGGGACCCCGGCUCUGCGCCCACUCCUGCGUCAACAUUCCCGGCUCCUUCCGCUGCUCCUGCCCCGCCGGGUACGUCCUGCUGGGCAACGGCAAGAGCUGCGAAGAUAUUGAUGAGUGUUCCCUAUCCCAGGAUAACUGCACGAGCGGGAGCACCUGCAUCAACACGGGGGGGGGGUUCCAGUGUGUCACCCCCCAGUGUCCCCCGGCCACCGGCAACGUCUCCUACGUCAAAACCUCCCCCUUCCAGUGCGAGCGCAACCCGUGCCCCAUGGAGAGCCGCUUAUGCCACCAGGCCCCCAAAACCAUCUCCUUCCACUACCUCCCGCUCCCCUCCAAGCUCCAGACUCCGGCGCCUCUGUUCCGCAUGGCCACGGCAGCGGCGGCUCUGGGCCGGCCGGGCCCCGACAGCCUCCGGUUUGGUAUCACGGGCGGGAACAGCCGCGGGCACUUCGUGGUGCAGCGCUCGGACCGGCACACCGGGGAGCUGCUGCUGGUGCAGAGCCUGCGAGGGCCCCGCACCGUCCACGUGGACGUGGACAUGGCCGAGUACCUGGAUCAGGUGUUCCAGGCCAAGCACCUGUCCAAAAUCACCCUCUUUGUCUCGCCCUAUGAGUUUUAG